AGCGGGGCCGGGGCCGAGCCCGAUCCCAGUCCCGAUCCCAGUCCCGAUCCCAGCACCCACCCUGAGCCUCGCACGGCCCUUCCCGCACGGACACCGCAGGACCAUGGAUUUCCCGGGGCACUUUGAGCAAGUCUUCCAGCAGCUCAACUACCAGCGGCUGCACGGGCAGCUGUGCGACUGCGUCAUCGUGGUGGGCAACAGGCACUUCAAGGCCCACCGCUCGGUGCUGGCCGCCUGCAGCACGCACUUCCGCGCGCUCUUCACCGUGGCCGAGGGCGACCAGACCAUGAACAUGAUCCAGCUGGACAGCGAGGUGGUGACGGCCGAGGCCUUCGCCGCGCUCAUCGACAUGAUGUACACCUCCACGCUCAUGCUGGGCGAGAGCAACGUGAUGGACGUGCUGCUGGCCGCCUCCCACCUGCACCUCAACUCGGUGGUGAAGGCCUGCAAGCACUACCUGACGACGCGGACGCUGCCGCUGUCGCCGCCGAGCGAGCGCGCGCAGGAGCAGAGCGCGCGGCUGCAGCGCUCCUUCAUGCUGCAGCAGCUGGGGCUCAGCAUCGUCAGCUCGGCGCUGGGCUCGUCGCAGGGCGCUGAGGAGGCGCCGGGCGGCGCGGGGCUGGCGCUGCGCGGGGGCCUGGAGCAGCGCGCCGCCUUCCCCAUCCGCCGCCUGCACAAGCGCAAGCAGUCCUCCGAGGAGCGCGCCCGCCAGCGCGUCCGGCCCGCCCUGGACGAGCCCGUGCCCGACGUGGCCGCCGAGAGCGGGCAGCCCGUGGUCCACUCGCGGGAGGAUUUCUUCUCUCCGGACUCGCUCAAGAUUGUGGACAACUCCAAGGCCGACGCGGUUCCUGACAACCAGGAGGACAACACGAUCAUGUUCGACCAGUCUUUUGGCGCUCAGGAGGAUGCUCAAGUGCCCAGCCAGUCUGACAACGGCGGGGGAAACAUUUCCCAGAUGUCCUUGGCGUCCCAGGCCACACAGGUGGAAACCAGCUUCGACCAGGAGGCUGCUGCUGAGAAGAGCAACUUCCCGUGUGAAAAUCCGGAGGUCAGCCUCAACGAGAAGGAGCACAUGAGGGUGGUGGUGAAGUCUGAGCCGCUGAGCUCCCCGGAGCCUCAGGACGAGGUGAGCGAUGUCACCUCGCAGGCGGAGGGCAGCGAGUCGGUGGAGGUGGAAGGAGGAGUGGUGAGCGCAGAGAAGAUAGAGCUGAGUCCCGAGAGCAGCGACCGCAGCUUCUCGGACCCUCAGUCCAGCACUGACAGGGUGGGAGACAUCCACAUCAUGGAGGUGUCCAACAACCUGGAGCACAAGUCUUCUUUCAGCAUUUCAAAUUUCUUGAACAAAAGCAGAGGAGGCGGCUUUGGUGCCAGCCAGAACAACGACGACAACAUUCCCAACACCACCAGUGACUGCAGGAUGGACAGCGACGCCUCGUACCUGAUGAGCCCGGAGUCGGGGCCCGCCGGCGGCCACUCCUCUGCUGCCGUCUCCCACGUGGAGAACCCGUUCAGCGAGCCCACGGACUCGCACUUUGUGAGGCCCAUGCAGGAUGUGAUGGGCCUGCCGUGCGUGCAGAGCUCCGGGUACCGAGCGGCGGAGCAGUUCAGCAUGGAUUUCCCGCGCUCUGGCCUGGGCCUGCACUCCCUGUCGCGGGCCAUGAUGGGCUCGGUGCGAGGCGGCGCCGGGGGCUUCCCCGGCUACCGCCGCAUCGCCCCCAAAAUGCCGGUGGUGACCUCGGUGCGGGGCUCGCAGCUGCAGGAGAGCUCCUCGGGCUCGCAGCUGAUGAUGAACGGCAGCGCCUCCUUCGAGGGCGGGCACCUGUCGCAGCCGGGCCCGCCGCAGCUGACCCGCGCCUCCGCCGACGUGCUGUCCAAGUGCAAGAAGGCUCUGUCGGAGCACAACGUGCUGGUGGUGGAGGGCGCCCGCAAGUACGCCUGCAAGAUCUGCUGCAAGACCUUCCUGACGCUCACGGACUGCAAGAAGCACAUCCGUGUGCACACGGGGGAGAAGCCCUACGCCUGCCUCAAGUGCGGCAAGCGCUUCAGCCAGUCCAGCCACCUCUACAAACACUCUAAGACCACCUGCCUGAGGUGGCAGAGCAGCAACCUGCCCAGCAGCUUGCUGUGACCUGCCGGGACGCUGGGCGGGCGCACACCGGCGUGCCGCGGUGCCGCACACGGAAUUGGCUCUGCCAUUGGGGAUAUCCGGUACCUACCUCGCGGGUGUCGCCGCCGGGACCGCGCGGCGGGGAUGGGGAUGCGGCCCCCGGGGCCAAGCAGCCCCUUUGCAGGGCAGAGGGGCUGGCAGCACGGGGGUCUCCUGAAACAGCACGGUUUGAGCGCGUGCACGUUUCUUUUGGGUUUUUUUUGGUUGGGUUUUUUUUUUUUGGUAAUUUUUUCCCUCCUCUCUAAAGCAUUUUGUAACAGUGACAGCAUUUAAAUGAUUACUGUAACAUGAGUGAGGACAGCAGUGCAGGCCCUUUACCCUUAAAAACAGCUUAGGCUGUGCCUGUCUGACAUAGUGCUUUAAAAUAACGCUACUUAUGACAAUAGUUCUAGGAUUAUGAAUGUAUGUUUGGCUGUUUUGUAGUAAAGGACACUGUGUAAUCAAGGUGCUUAAAUUAAAUCCCAGACAAGUAACCUUUGGGCUGCCAGGUGUACAUAUAACUUUAAUACAGCAAGAUCUGGAUGUUUGGCUGGUUUUUUUUUUUUGGUUUUUUCCCCGUAGGAACGAGUAUUAAGUGGUAAGUGAAGUACUGUCUCUUGUUUGUGCUAUUCCUAGCAGUAUUUUAACCAGUUUGUAUCUCCUAUGUUACAAUUCUAUAUACGCAGAGGUUUGAACAGAGCUUGUCUUUGUCUGUUGUUUUGAAGAAAGGGGAUUUGUGAUGGCUUUUUUUGCCACGUAAGACAGUAUCUCACUGUUCCCAGAUGCCCACAGUCCAUCUGGUCCCCAUUACGGCGUGAGCACGUUGUCUUUCUUAUCUCCAGGCUUUAAUUUCCUGCCCUGCACACUUGGAGACUUCCCCUCGCAGCUGUGGGUCUGUCCUUGGAGCAGAUUCCUCCCAGGUCAGGAGCAAUCCUGGUUUGCACAGAAUCACAGAGCGUGCUGAGCUGGACAGGGCCCUCAGGAUCGUUGUGUCCAGCUGCUGGCCUUGCAGAGGGUGCCACAGCAAUGUGCAAAUGCUUUACCUCAGGCAGCCUUGGGGUUGUGACCCUGUCCCUGGGGAGCCUCUUCAGUGCCAGAGCACCCUCUGGGUGAAAAACCUUUCCUGGUAGCCAGCCUAAACCUCUCCUGAUUCAGCCUGUCACUCAAGUUGUGUCACUGAGAGUGAAGAGAUCUGUCCCUGCCCCUCUGCUGCUCCUCAGGAGGAGGCUGAGGAGCCCAGGGAGGUGUGACCUCAGUCUCCUCUGGGCUGAGCAAACCAACUGCCCUCCUGAUGCUUCCUCUCCAGACCCCUCACCAGCCUCCUGCCUCCUUCAGACAUUGUCUAGCAGCUUUGUCUUUCAUGUGAAGGUGCUCAGAGCUGCCCCCAGCACUCGAGGUGAGGCUGCCCCGCUGCAGAGCAGGACAAUCCCCUCCCUGACCCGGCUGUGGUGCCAUGCCUGGCCCUGCUGGCUGCCAGGGCACUGCUGGCUCACGCUCUGUGAAAUGUCCUGGUCAAAUCCACUUAGGCUAGUGUCAUAAAAGUACAUGCAUUUAUAAAAGGAUCAUGUAAAUUUAAUUCUAAAAAAAUGGCACUGCACACAUGCAGCAGAAAUUUGUCGCUCUCCAUGUGAAUCAUGUAAAUCUCUUUUUAAUUUCCUCUUCUUUGAUGCCCCUGUAACUCCAUGCUGCCUUCCUUGUCAAAGGUGCACACAGACUGGUGCUCAGCAUUCUUAGGUUUUAAAAUAAACUUCCAGAGCACUUCUGGUGGUGAUAAAUCCUGCUCAGCUGAGCAGGGGCUGGGUCAGGGCUGCAGGGUGUCCUCUGCUGCAGAGGGUUCCCUGCACCUACCCUAUCAGCCUGCCCUUUGCACCUUGACCAUCUGAGGAGAGCAGAAACACAGGGGAUGGUUGGCUUAAUUCCUUUAAAAUGUUAGUAUUUUGGUAUAGGGCUUACUUAAUGGUCAUAUCUCUGGCUCUUGAUUUUUUUUUUUUUUAAGCAUUAAAAUAGCACGUUUUUUUAAAGCAGUGGGAUAUGCUGUGUUUUAAGUAAUUUCAGUAUUGGGGACUAACAGCAUUGAGCUGCAUAAACACUCUCAAACAUUAAUAAAAUGCAGUAUUUUGUACCUUAGUAUUUUCUUGUGUUGCUUAAUUAAGUAACACUGUUGCAUCCUCAUUGCAUUUCUAGCGUUUUGCUUUUUAAAAACAAGGCUUGUUUUUUCUUUCAUUUUCUAUUUCCUGUAGCACAUCCAAAUUUGUUGAAUUGUUGCCGUGUUUGGGAAUGAAGCAUCUCUUUGUGCAAGGAGACUAAUUAGGAGCUAAUUAGUGAGCUGAUAAAUACUGGACUUUUGAACUGUUUUUAUAAAAAUUUCAGUGUGGAGUAUCAGUGCAGGAGGAUUCUGUAUUCUCUGAGGAAAAGUUUGGAGCAUUUUUGGAAGCAGCAUCCCUCAGUUCCUUUGUGCAGAGGGGCAGCUGCAGGCCUGGAGCCUGCACUCGUGGCUUUCUGAGUCUUCCUGAACAAAGCAAUAAAUUCCUGGGGAUAGCAUAAAUCAAUGCCUGGGUGAUAAUCAGGAAUCAGCAACUGCAGCGAAGGGUGCCUCACCCCACAGCCUGGAGAGCUUGUGCCACUGAAUUGCGCUCAGAAUUGAACUUUGCCAGCGGGACCUCGCCUGGAGGUGUCGGGGUGUCUGUUCCAAACACCUGGAAAUAAACCCUACCUGUUUGUGUUGCUGUGUCUGA